AUGCUCCGUACAACCUUGGCCAGGACGGCUGCCAUGCGUCCCCUCGGAGCUGCCACUAUCACCACAACUGCCCGAGCCAUGGCCCAGGGGGACACAGGCGCCCCCCCAAAGACGGGUGGUCAAGGCGAUGCUUUUCAGCGCCGCGAAAGGGCUAGUGAGGACUACACCAUUCGCCAGCGUGAGAAGCACAAGCUCCUGCAGCUCAAGAACAAGGCUGCCGAGCAGCAGCAGCAUCUUGGCUGGCUUUCCAAGCACAUCGAUGAGAUAGCCAAAGAACCGGACGGGGAACGGAAGUGA